GUUUGUGCAUGCUAUAGCUACUAAUGUCUUCCUACAUCUACCCGUGUGGUUGCGUACGUGCAGGCUACAACUACUGGAGAGAAUUCUGCGGGCUGAGACGCGCACGUGACUUCUACGAGCUUAGCAACGAAGUCGACGGUUACUCCGUCGAACAGUUCGCCAAACUAUACAGGCACGUCGACGACAUAGAUCUGUUCCCAGCCCUCGUGUCAGAGAGACCCGUACCGGGAGCGUUGGUAGGACCAACGCUGCAGUGCAUCCUCGGCAAGCAGUUCGAGGCGUACAAGAAGGGAGAUCGCUUCUGGUUCGAGAACGGCAACCAGCCGAACAGCUUCACGCCAGCACAACUGGCUGAGAUUCGUAAGGUGACAAUGGCACGCAUCAUGUGCGCGAACACCGACGACAUGCGCACCAUGCAGCCACGAUGCAUGUUCCAGGACGACAACAGCGGUAACUCGAAGCGCGACUGCGACCGACUUCCGGAGAUGAAUCUAUCCGUGUGGCGCGACGGCAUUCACAAUGACCUUGACGGAGCCUUCGGACCCGGCGGCCUGCCGGGCCUCAGCCGUAACAUCAACCCGCUGCUGGCGUCUUCGUCGCUGCAGCAGUCGCCACGCUUCCCGGCCUUCUCGAACAUAGGCUCCGGCUUGCCGAGCGCAGACGACAUCCUCAGCAAAGUGGCGGCCGGAGUUCGGACGUUCAAUUACCAGCCGCCGGCGCCGCCCGGGCCCGCCCACCCCGCCCACCUGCUCGCCAUCGCCACCCAGGCGCAGGACAUCGCUCCGUUCAAGAAGUAAACUCUCCGGUUCAUGAAGUAAACUCUUUUUACUCGAGACGUAACCUUGCGUUCAGAAAGCAACUCUCCAUUCAGGACGCAACAUUUCCGCUCAAGAAGUAAUCUCUCUCUUUCUCUCUUCGAAAAGUAUUCAAUAAUAAUCAAGAAGUAAUUCGCCGUUUAAGAAGUAACUGUCUGUUACAAGAGGUAUCCAAUGCUCAAUCCGUAACACGCCGAUCAAUAAGUAACUCUCUGUUCAAUAGAUAUUCAAUGUAAAGGAGAUAAAACUCACGAGACACGCAUUUAUAGAUGCUGCGUAGCAUAGACGUAACUAAUAGCCCUAUUAAAGUACGGAUGUCCUACGUAUCAUCUUUGAGAUUACGAGGAUUAUUACGUACUUCGGUGACGAGGGUGAGUAGGGUUUGAGAGACUGUUCAAGUAGUUAUUUCUCGGGGCGUCAGAAAAAUGGCCGCCGUUCAACCUCAUUUUACUACAACCUUGGUGGUUCUUCUCGUUGUCGUCUGGAAUAAGCGUAACAGUCAAUGCUAAGCUUGGCUUCUCCACUGCGACGAUGUUUCUAUCGAGUAAUACCCAGCUGUCUUCAGCCUCCCUAAACUCUCUCUCUCUCUCUCUCUCUCUCUCUCUCUCUCUCGCUCUCUCUCUCUCUCUCUCUACU